AUGAACACGCGUAAGAAGAGUAAUGGCUUCGCAAUAGACUUAGAUAUUAAGCAAUUGGCCUCAGAUAUGAACUCAUGGGUUACUCUACUGAUACCAUACCCUUCAGUUCAACAUUUCAUUUGGCCUCUCCAUUGGUGUCUUUUGGCCGACAUCUGUAAUCAUACUUAUAUACCUGAAUGCGCAACAGAUAAUGAAAAGGACAUGUACAGUAGACGACUCUUCAUAGAUGAAUGUGACCUUUACGAAUAUAACUGUGAUUACGAAACAGAUUACUAUCCUAUAAACUAUUCAGACUGCUUCAACAUACCAGCUAAGCCCUGCCCACCUCAAGUUUCGUGUCCGUCUAUCCCUACAUGCCCAGAUCAUAGGACACAUACCAUGGGAAAGAUCAGCAAGACAACAAAAAGACUAAGAAGGGCUUUUUAUGCUGUCGCCACCAUAAACGCGCUGCCAGCACGUAUGUUGAAAGGCAGAAGACGUUACUCACCAACUUGGAGAAAGAAAAAAAGAAAAACAACUCCUCCAAUGACUCCAGCAAUUAUAACCAAGAAAACAAUCAAGAAAACUAUCCCUACAACAACUAGAACGAAAAUAAUAAAGAAAUUUACAAUUAGGAAAAAUGGAAAAAUAUUCUUGAAGGUUGUGAAGGCGGUUAUUAGAAAAAAUGAAAAUAAGAAAAAGGAUUCUGAUUUUUUAGAAUAA